AUCACCAUAGGACAUCUCUCUCAUUGCGAAAAAGCACCUUAUCACUAAAGUCAAGUUAGAAAAAGAUAGUUAGAAAACAUAAAAAUUUUGUGCAAAAUUUUACCAACAAAAAAAAUAUAUAAUUUAACAAAUAUUUAGUUCUCGUGUACAUUGUUCCGUUUUAUUUUUAACAAAAAAAAAAAACCCAGGUCACUUUUUAUCAAUUAAAAUCGUUACACCACAGAGGAGAAUAAUCAACGACAAAAAUUAAUCAGAAUGGCUGAUAUGGCAGUAUCCCGCAUCAAAAGGGAAUUCAAAGAAGUUAUGCGAAGCGAUGAGAUAGUUCAAUGUUCAAUUAAAAUUGAAUUAAUCCAUGAUGAUUGGACACAAUUGAAGGGAGAAAUUGCUGGACCGCCAGACACACCUUAUGAGGGUGGCAAAUUUAUUCUUGAGAUUAAAGUGCCCGAAACUUAUCCAUUCAAUCCGCCCAAGGUUCGAUUCAUAACAAAAAUCUGGCAUCCCAACAUAUCUUCUGUGACCGGAGCUAUUUGUCUGGAUAUAUUGAAAGACAACUGGGCGGCAGCGAUGACUCUACGGACAGUUCUACUUUCGUUGCAAGCAUUAUUAGCUGCGGCUGAGCCAGACGAUCCUCAAGAUGCAGUUGUAGCUUCACAAUAUAAAGAAAACCACCCUCUUUUUGAAAUAACUGCAAGGCAUUGGACAAAUGCAUAUGCUGGAGGACCCCAUAAAUUUACUGAUAUUGAUGCUAAAAUUCAACGUCUCAAAGACAUGGGUAUAGACGAACAUGAUGCCCGAGCUGUAUUAUCAAAAGAAAACUGGGAUCUAGAAAAAGCAACUGAAUAUUUAUUUAGAUAGCUCGACAAAAAAGGUUUUAAAAAAAGCAACACAUCAUGUUCAACGUAAAAAAUGACUUCAAAAAUAGAACACGAACAACUCCAUUUCUCUUCAAACAGGAACUUAAAAAGCAAAUCCUGUUAUUUAUUAUGAUAAUUAAUUAAUUUACUGUCUUAUUUGCUAAACUAAUUUUGUUUUUUGUAUUUUUAAAUCCCCAAAAAUUGAUUUUUUUAAAUGUUAUCGUUAUUGUUGAGGUGAAACCGAAAAGUGUUAUACAAAAUGUUUUUUUAUUUAAAACUUUCAGCUUAAAAAUAAAAACCCAUAGUACCUAUCUUUAGAAAAAAAAAAUACAGUAAUUACCGCUGAACAACAGUGAAAAUACUCUGAGUAUAGAACGGCUUUCAAGUGAUUUUGUCUAUCAUUUUCGUUUUGCAAAUAAAAAUAGAUAAUUCUUGUGCUAAACAUUUCUAAGCACAUUAAACAUAAUAAUAAUAUUGAAAAAUAUACAAAAACGCA